UCUACAAUUCUGUGACUUGUAUCAGAUGGCAGCACCUUGUUAAAAACAGUAAUUGUUUUUACGAUAGUUAAAUUCACGAUUAAAAAUCUUUUUAAGAUCCCAAUAUUAGUGACGAAUGUAAUAUAGUGAUUCUUGAACAGAAUUUCGUUGCUUUAUGUGCAAAUUGUGUUAAAAACUUAAAAAGUUCAAUAACAAUAUAAUAUAUUGAAAAGUUUCAAAUUAAGUUUUUUAAAAAUUUAUACAUUUUAAAAGAUUUUCAUUAAAUAAAGACCAUUUUAAAAAUACAUUUCCAUUAGACGAUUUAUUAUAACAGUGAUAAAUUGUUUUAACGGAAAUUGGGAUUAAAAAUGUUGAUAAGAAUUUGUGAGGUUAUGUUUUUGUUGAAUCGUAAAUUCAUCAAUUUCUCGUAAAAAACACAUGGAAAAAUAGCACGAUUUUCGCGCAUGUCAUUUAAAUAACGCGGGAUUAAUAUUUGAAAACAAUUUUUGAUAUUUGUUCUUUUUAUCCCGUUUAAUCGGCGGAAAAUUAUAGAUCACAUUAAUUUUCGUUUUAUUUGAAAUAUUCGAAAAAGAAAAAGAUGGGCCGAACGGUGACAGUGGCAGUUUGCACGCUAAAUCAAUGGGCAUUGGACUUUGACGGAAAUUCUAGAAGAAUUUUACAGAGUAUUCAAGAAGCUAAAGAUGCUGGCGCUACCUACAGAAGCGGACCAGAGUUAGAAAUUUGUGGUUAUAGUUGUGAGGACCAUUUUUAUGAAUCAGACACGUUAUUCCAUAGCUGGGAAGUACUUGCAAUGAUUCUUAAAUCGACCGUUGCCGAAGACAUGCUUAUCGAUGUCGGUAUGCCAGUCAUGCAUAAAAAUGUAACGUAUAAUUGUAGAGUGGCUUUUCUGAAUCGACGAAUUCUGCUCAUCAGACCCAAGAUGCAAAUGUGCGAGGACGGCAAUUAUAGAGAAUCUAGAUGGUUCUCGCCGUGGACAAAGGAACGUAUGGUGGAGGAUUACUUUCUACCUAGAAUGAUCUCUCAGAUCACCAAUCAAACAGUGGUGCCGUUUGGCGAUGCUGUUAUUUCGACUAGAGACACAUGUGUAGGUUUUGAAAUAUGCGAAGAAUUAUGGAAUCCCAUGAGCAAUCAUAUUCCAAUGUCUUUGGAUGGUGUUGAAAUUAUCGCAAACGGUAGUGGCUCAUAUUUUGAAUUACGGAAAGCAUAUGUCACUGUGGACUUAGUUAAAUCAGCUACAUUUAAAUCUGGUGGUUGUUAUAUGUUUAGUAAUUUGAGGGGUUGUGAUGGUGCUAGAGUUUAUUUUAAUGGGGGCUCUUGCAUUGCUUUAAAUGGUCAGAUUUUAAAUCGUGGCAAACAGUUUGCUUUGGAUGAAGUAGAAAUCAUUGUUGCGACUUUUGAUUUGGAAGACAUAAGGAGUUAUAGAAACAAUAUUAGAUCAAGAUCGCAUCUAGCAGCCAGAUCACCAAGUUACCCACGUGUAAAAGUAGAUUUUGCUUUAACUUCCGAAAAUUUGAUUUCCACUCCUCCAGAUCGACCGAUCGAUAUAGAUCUAGGUCCUUACGAAAAUGAAAAUAUAACGGGAAAACUCUCUUAUCAUACUGUUAAUGAAGAAAUUUCAAUGGCACCUGCUUGCUGGCUUUGGGAUUACUUGAGGCGUUCUUGCCAAGGUGGUUUUUUUUUACCUUUAAGUGGUGGUGUUGAUUCAGCUUCAUCAGCAUGUAUGGUUUAUUCUAUGUGUGAUAUGAUAGUGAACUCUGUUAAAAAAGGAGACUUACAGGUAUUAUCUGACAUCAGGAAAAUAGUUGGUGAUUUUGAAUAUGUACCAACUGAUCCAAAACAACUAUGCAAUAUUCUUCUAGUCACAUGUUAUAUGGCAACUGAAAACUCAUCUGCUGAAACAAAAACACGAGCUGCCGAACUUGCUAACCAAAUUGGUUCUUAUCAUCAUAGUAUAAUUAUUGACGCUGCUGUAUCUGCUAUUUUAUCCAUUUUCCAACAAGUCGCUAAACUAACACCAAGAUUUAAAGUGCAAGGAGGAUCUCCUAGAGAAAAUUUAGCUCUACAAAAUAUACAAGCUCGUUUAAGAAUGGUAAUAUCUUAUUUGUUUGCUCAAUUGAUGCUCUGGGUUAGAGGACGACCAGGUGGUCUUCUAGUAUUAGGAAGCAGUAAUGUUGACGAGGCGCUUCGAGGAUACUUCACCAAAUAUGAUUGUAGUAGUGCUGAUAUCAAUCCUAUUGGUGGAAUAGCAAAGAAUGAUUUAAAAUCGUUCCUUUCUUACUUUAGAAAGAAACAUGGAAUAACGGCUUUAGAUAAUAUUUUGGAUGCUCCUCCAACUGCAGAAUUAGAACCUCUUCAAGCAGGGCAACUUGCACAGCUCGAUGAAAUUGAUAUGGGUAUGACAUAUCAAGAACUCGGUAUUUUCGGACGUUUAAGAAAACAAGAUUGUGCUGGACCCUUUACAAUGUUUUGCAGACUUGUCCAUAUGUGGGAUAAAUGUACUUCAAAAGAAGUAGCAGAUAAGGUGAAACAUUUUUAUAGAUGUUAUGCAAUAAAUCGGCAUAAAAUGACUAUCUUAACACCAUCCUGUCAUGCAGAAACUUAUAGUCCAGACGAUAACAGAUUUGAUCAUCGACCUUUUUUAUACAAUCAUACAUGGAAAUGGCAGUUUAAUGCAAUUGACGAACAGGUGAAACGUUUUCUCGACGAAGAGAAAUCACCGAGAGGUCAAAAGGAUGCGCCGAAGGUACCGAUGAAGCCCAGAUACAUGAUGCUCAGCUCCGUAAUUAGUAAUAAAACACAUCCUGGAGUAGUAGUUUAACCGUAGCAGUAGCUCUCUCUGUCUCUUAUCAUUUUGAUAUUGCAGCCUUGCAAAUGCAUCGAAACACAAGCUUGCUAACCGACCGUUCGUACGAUCGACGAAUUCCUCAUUGCAUCGGCGCUGUUUCACACAUUAAAAAUCUUUCUACAAAGAAAAUUUGGCUACACUUUAUCGUGAGGAAACUCGUAACUGGAAGGAUCAUAUGAUUUACAGAUUGUAUUAUAUUAAUGCAAUUAAAUGUGAGUAAACGUAUAUUUAUGCAAA